GAAGUUCUGGCUGUAGAGGAAAAGAUGCAAGUGAAGAAGACAGAAGAGGAUGUUACCAUUUUUGAGAAUGACACAGAGGCUGAAUUGUUAAUGGUGGAUUCUAUUGCUGAGGCAACCGAUGCAAUAGAAGCUGAGACUGCCAUCGUGAUGGAGGCCAUGUUGGGUUCUGAACAGGGACCAAUAAAGUCAACGGAUGCUCCCCUCCAGGAGCUGGGACCACGGGAUGAUGCUGCAGAUCAGGAAGCAGAUAAAGAGUCAAAGUCACAGGGAGACAGUGUUUUGGAGGCCAUGUCUCUGGAGUCAGUGACCUUGGCUGAAGCUGAGGCUUCGUUGGGAACUCUGGAGAGUGAGUCUCUGACUGAAACCACGGGUUAUCUGGAGAAAGAAGCUGAAAUGCUGGCUGGAGAGGAGAAGAUGGAGGUUGAUGAAGGAACAGCGUCUAAAGAGGCGACUGAGGCUCUAAACCUUGAACCUCUGUCUCUGCCUGAAGUUGACAUUGAAGAUCUUCAGACAGAUGCAGUGAUGGAGGAGCUGCUCUUCGCUGUUCCUCAGCAUGCAGCAGGUGGAACGGACCAUCGGACCGGUCCAGUUGUGACAGCAAACAUUUUGGAUGCAGCUGUCGUCGACACAGCAGAGACGGCUGAUCAUUCAACUCCUGCUGUUGUAAAGGAGGUGCUGCUGGGACAGGAGGAGGUGGAGGAGGAGGAGGAUGCUACAGGGAAUGAAGAAGAUGUGGUGAUGCACAAAGAUUUGGACCCAGUCCAGAGACUCUUCUUGGAGAAGAUCAGAGAAUACAAAAAUCUUCGCAGGUUGAAUGGCGGACUGUUGGAGGAGGAGCCAGAUUACAAAAAACACCUGUCAGAGGAGACGGCGAAGCUCCAGAGACUCUAUGGAGGAGGAGACCUGACCAGCUUCCCUCAGUUCACCUUCACCGAACCUGAACUGGAUCAGGACUCCAAGUGAUCCACAGACGCUCCUCCUUUCACCUGACGUUUCUCCGACCUCCACCUCCUCCUCGUUUCAGAUGCAGCACAUGUGAGAACAGACGAGGAGAGGACGGAGCAUAUACCGGGAUGUUUGUGUGCAUUUCUGGCUGCUGGUUUGUACUGUGCAAUAAUGGAUUUUAUUUUAUUAAAGAUUCUAUAUUUUGACCCUU